AUGGCCCACACCAUAGGCAGGCGGCUGGCGGAGCUGCACAGCGCCCUCGCCGACCCCGCUGCUGACGACCCGGCCUUCAGCCCCGAGCGCGCCGAUGCUGCGCAGGCCGGGCAGCAUGCGGCGCAAGCUAUCGCAACGCUGCAAGGGGCGCUGCAGGUUUUGGCCGCGCACCGCCUCAGUGGCAGCGGCAAGCUUGGUGGCUGGCCCGAGACGCUCGCCGAUGGCCACGCCGAAUGGCUGCAAGACCACGCUGAUGCUUUGACGCGAGCAAUACGCGAGCGCGCGUGCCUGGAGCAAGACUCGCUGUACCUGCGCAUUCAUGGCGACUUCCAUCUGGGCCAGGUUCUGGUCGCUCGCCGCGCUGGCGCCGGCACUGACAUCGGCACCGACGCUUACCUGGUUGAUUUUGAAGGCGAACCGGCGCGUCCGUUUGCCCAGCGGCGCGCAAAGUCCACCCCCCUGCGUGACGUGGCGGGUCUGCUGCGCUCAUUCGAUUACGCCGCUGCUGCCAUGCUCAGCUUUCCAGGUCCGCUCACCGGCCCUGCCUGCGCCACGGAGACGUUGGGGAUCGUGAAUAAGAAGCCUAUGGCCUCGGAGCCGGCGCCUCAGGUGCGCCGGGAAGCCUUGCUGUCGCGCUUCCUUGUGCGUGCUCGCAGUGCUUUUUUGCAGGGAUACCAUGCGGUGGCUGACCAAGCGCCCCACCCUUGGCUCAAGUGCGGCGCGGAGCACAGCCUGCUGGAACUGGCCCUGCUCGAAAGAGCGGCCUAUGAGGUGUGCUACGAAGCCGCACACCGUCCUGAUUGGCUGUGUAUUCCCGCCGCCGGGCUGGCUGAACUAGCACGCGGCAUGCUGGCCUCACCGUCGACCGAGAAGGAGGCACCUUUUGAGGCGCCUCAAACGCCGUCAAGCGAGAAGUAG